AUGUCAGCCGGUAGUAAGCAGUCAGGCGAAAGUCAGCCAGAAGUCAGCAGUCAGGCGAAAAAGUCAGCAGUCAGGCGAAAGUCAGCAAUCAACCAGAAGUCAGCAGUCAGGCGAAAGUCAGCAGUCAGACGAAAGUCAGCCGGAAGUCAGCAGUCAGGCGAAAGUCAGCCGGUAGUAAGCAGUCAGGCGAAAGUCAGCAGCGGAAGUCAGCAGUCAGGCAAAAGUCAGCAGUCAGACGAAAGUCAGCAGUCAGGCGAAAGUCAGCAGCGGAAUCAGGCGAAAGUCAGCAGCGGAAGUCAGCAGUCAGGCGAAAGUCAGCCGGUAGUAAGCGGUAAGCCUGAAGUCAGCAGUCAGGCGAAAGUCAGCAGCGGAAGUCAGCAGUCAGGCGAAAGUCAGCCGGUAGUAAGCGGUAAGCCUGAAGUCAGCAGUCAGGCGAAAGUCAGCAGCGGAAGUCAGCAGUCAGGCGAAAGUCAGCCGGUAAUAAGCGGUCAGCCGGAAGUCAGCAGUCAGGCGAAAGUCAGCAGUCAGGCGAAAGUCAGCAGUCAGGCGAAAGUCAGCAGCGGAAGUCAGCAGUCAAGCGAAAGUCAGCCGGUAGUAAGCGGUAAGCCUGAAGUCAGCAGUCAGGCGAAAGUCAGCAGUCAGGCGAAAGUCAGCAGUCAGGCGAAAGUCAGCCGGUAUAAGCCUGAGUCUGCUGGAGAUGGCUGUAAGGUCAUCCUAGAAAUGGUGUCCAUCGCUGAGGCUCGAAUAUUAGAAAUCGUCUCCGCUGACCGUGCCUCCGCCAGGCCUUGUUGCCGAAGUCCCCCUCGAUAG